AUGGAUUUGUCACAAGUCUGCGACAUCGGUGCCUUGAUGCAGAACGGCGUAUUGCCACGACAGGACAUGGCUUACGUUCCUCCUGAUGGUAAGAGACUUUGAUUUUCUUCAGUAAAUCUCGUCUAUGAACGAUUCUAUGUUCAUCUGCUAUCAAAUCAUGCUAUAGACAUGCAUACUAUGCUCGUUUCUCUUUCCUUAUCUCUUCAAUUUCAAAGCGUAUAUCUAAACACAGUUUGUUUGUCUAUUUAAACAGUUCAAUACGUCUUAAAUAGUGGAGUCAAUUCCCUGUUUCAAACUUUUCGCGAGGAAACUAACGGAAUUCCCGAUGGUGAGUAUCUUAACUUUUUAUCGAAAUUCGUUCUUUCACUUUCGACUUGAUAUGAAAAGCUUUUCUAUUAAAAUGACGUAAUGUUUAAUUAUCGCGUGAUGUUUUUCAUCGGCGAAAUUAAUCGACGCCCUUUUGAGUCCUCCCACGCUAAGUACCUGUCAACACAGGAAUGUGGGGUAAACCGGUUUUGUCUAACCUGUUUGGGCAGGUCUUGAUAUAAUUGAUACAGGUUUCUUAUUACACACCAAUAUGCCUUGUUCUUCUUGACUGCAUUGAUAAAUGAUAAUUGACAUACUAAAAUACAAUUUACUAAAAACAUGGUUGAUUAUAUUUCUCGUUGGGUUUUGAUGUAAUUACCUAUUGAGUUCAAAAUUCACAGUUUCAAAAACUCGUAUCAGUGACAGUGGCGUGUAUUUUUUCUUUGGAACUCUUACCAGUCUACGACUAAACAACUAAUAAUUGGUCAAACUGGUUUGAUUUGAUGAUUUGGCAUGUUUGGGCAGAUUAUUAAUUACUGUUUUUUCCUAUUACAGAUCCUAGAGAUUGGACAUCUCAGGACGUGUGUCAAUGGCUGGGGUGGGCUGAAGCUAAGUUUAACCUUGGCAUUCAACUAUCAAGCUUCUUGGAUCAGUAUGGAUUCGUCUACGAUGGUAAAGCUCUCUGCCGACUUACAAAACGCAAUCUGUGCUUUAAUACAUCGGUAGCUAUUGGAGAGAUUCUAUGGCAAUCUCUACAGAGAAUCUGCCACG